UUGCCGAUUAAAGUUGACAUCAUAAAACACAGGAGAGAAAUAGAUGGGAAGAGUACUGCUGCCCAUGCAGCUGUACUAGCUCCUGGUUAUGUUAAUAUAUAUACAUAUCCUGACAUGCCUGAUUAUUCUAGUGAUGAAAGAACUGUACUUUUAUAUCCAGGGACUGAAGCAAGCACAGUUCAAGAAUUAUUUACAGGAAAACAAAAUUCACAAUCAUAUGCCGACAGUUUGUUAUCAGAAUUACCUUCAGGAUAUAAUGUUGGCACACUGAUGACAAAAAUAUUUGAUAGUGAUAAGAAAAUAAAUUCCAUUCAUCAUGUUGAGAAAUUACCAAUUGAUCGUUUAAUUCUAAUUGACAGUACAUGGAAUCAAAGUAGAGGUAUAUUUUCUGAUGAAAGAUUGCAAAAAUUACCUAAGGUUGUACUGCAGAAUCGAAUAUCUCAAUUUUGGCGACACCAAAAAGGCAGUCCAAGGUGGUACCUAUCAACAGUUGAAGCUUUACAUCAAAUGCUCUUAGAACUACAUGUGGGAGCAUGGGGUUGCUGCGAAGAUUAUAAUUCUAUACUAACUACCAACUUUCCAAAGCAUAGUAGUGAAAUAUGUGAUUUCUGUAAACCUUAUAAUGGACAAUAUGAUGACCUAUUAUUUUUCUUUAAGUACAUGUAUGAGAAACUUCACACACUUUAUAAACAUGAUGAUUUAUUAGCAUAUAAAAGACCAAUGCAAAUAUAA